CGCGGAGCUCCCCUCACACCUCCCCACAGCUCCAAUGUCUCCCCUCAUCCUCACCAACGGCGACAGAGAUGGCGCAGCCGAAUCCCCCUCAGACGGCUCUCUCAAAGCACCCCCGAAUCUCUACGAAUCCUCCACCGUAGCCGAAAUCCGAGCCUCCCUCGCCGCCCUUCACACCCGCGACUCCCAUAUCACCACGCAGCUGCGCACGCUGCUCAAUUCGCAGGCGGAUCUCUCGCGCGAACUCGGGCGUCUUGACCUUCUCCGCGCCCACCUUGGCACUCAAGUUGUCAAUUCCCGCAGCAUUAGCCAUGGGAUGCUUGACGGCGCUGCGCGCUCUGCAGCCGGGCUGAGCAGCAAGGUCAAGGCGCUGGACCUGGAGAAGACAAGAGUCGAGGAGACGCUGGGCGUCGUCGAGCAGGUCGCCGAGCUAAAGGCAUGCGUUCAGGGCGUCAUGGGUUCCAUGGGCGCACCGCAGGAUUGGGAGGCAGCCGCGUCGUAUUUGGCUCGAGCGUCGAAGAUUCCGGAUCAUAUUAUUACAGGGGCGUUCGCGGCGCGGAUUGUGCCGAGCGUGGAGAUUCCGGACCCGCCGGCGGUGACGCUUGAGAAUGCUAAGGAGAGUCUGUGUGGGUUGUUCUUAAGGGAGUUUGAGAAGGCGGCGAAGGAGGGGGAUGGGGGGAAGGUUACGAGGUUCUUUAAGCUGUUUCCGCUUAUUGGGAGGGGAGAGAGGGGGUUGGAUGUUUAUGGGAAGUAUGUCUGUGGUGGUGUUAGUGAGCGCGCGAGAGCGACGCUGAGGGAAGCUACUGGGAAACAGAUUGAUAGGGACCGCGCGGGUGAGGGCAAGGAUGGCUUCUUCUAUGCGAAUGCGUUGACGAAAUUGUUUGAGCAUAUCGCGCAGAUUGUUGAUGGGCAUGGAGGUUUGGUUGAGAGGCAUUACGGUGAUGGCCGCAUGGUGAGGGUUGUGGAGAGGCUCCAGCAAGAAGCGGAUGUCCAGGGUGGCAUUGUUUUAGAUACAUGGGGGGAUGAGAGGGGUAUUGAGAGGCGACUGACCGAUGUGAAGAGUUACCCAUUCUCGUUCCUGGUGCAAAGCUUCCUACCUAGCCACCGUGCGGCUAUGGGCACGACGCGGACGGCGAGCCCUGGUGUUGGUGGAGAUGCGAAUCCGAGACGAAGCGAAGACGAGGGUGGUGUGGAUAUGAAGGAAAUUGACGGGAUUCUGAAUGAGACGGGUAUGAUGCUUGGGCGAUGGUCUUUAUACUGCCGCUUCCUGGCGAGCAAAACUAAGGAACCUGGCACUUCUGAAAACGCGCCACUGUCCAUGCCGCCCUUUCUGACCAAGUCUGCCCUCUCCCGGAAAAUCUCCUCCCGCCUCACAACUCCAUUCGACAUAUUCAGCACUUUCUUCUUUCGCCGCUCUGUCGAGAAGGCAUUCCAACUUGAUGAGACCCCAUCUGGAUUAUCUCUCAACCCUUCGAGACCGCUUCAAGGGCAGGCUCCAUAUAUUAUCUCCGCUGUUGAUGAUGUUAUGUACAUCGUGUCUACUGUCUUGCAGCGCAGCGUCAGCACAGCACAGCGCGACGUCAUUGCGUCCGUUAUCCCAACAGUCGGUCGAGUUCUAGGCAGCGACUUCGUAGGCAUGGUACAAAGGAAAAUGCGGGACGAAUCCUACCCCAAACCAGCAGUCCAAGGCGGUCUCCCUCCGGAAGACAAAAUAAUCGCCUUCAUAGUCCUCAUCAAUUCCCUUGAUGUGAGCAACGAGUAUAUCUCGCGCAUCAUCGCAACCCAGCUCAAGCCCAGCGAGACAGGCCCCAAUGAGGCACCUAAGACCGAAAGCAAGCUCCACGACCUCUUCCCCUUCGAUCAUGACUCGGUCUUCGUCGAGAACACUCUCCAUAACCUCGAGACGACCUUCUCCAGCAAGACAACUGAGCUCCUCAACGAAGCCCUGACCGUCCUCUUCAACAAUGUCGUCAAGCCGCGCCUGCGCCCCAUCAUCUCCGAUACCUUCCGCGACAUCGAGUACUCCCUUUCCCCCGGCGAGCUCGCCGACGUCGCCCUAGCCCACGAUCUCGAAGUAGACGAUGACGCAUUCCGGCUCAUGGUACCCCGCCGCUUCGAAGCAGGAUGGGACGCGCUUAUGCGCCCACUGCAGCGCCUGAUGACCGAGGGCACAUAUGCACAGCUACUCGAGAGCACAGCAACGCACCUCGGCCGCGCGCUGGAGAAGCGCAUAAUGACUUACGCGGGCAAGGUGAAUGGCGUGGGCGGCGUGAGGAUGGAGCGCGAUUACGCGGGCAUUGUGUCGUGUGUGGCGAAGGGUGGAAGCUACGCGCUGCGCGAUGGGUUUGCGAGGGGUGCGCAGGUGCUGAUGGUUGCUAAUAUGGAGGAGGAUGAGUGGGAGGAGGUGCUGGAGGCGGAGAGGGAUGGGGAGGAGGGGAUUACGUGGGUUAUUGCGCCGGAGGAGAGGGCGAAGGCGAGGGGGAUUGUGAGGGUUUAGAUGGGGCUAGCCCAUAAAUAAAGUGGACUUGUGCAUAUUUUAGAUGUAGAUAGAAAAAAACCGGG